AACAUUGUAAUUAAUGUUAACUAAAAAAUUAGUGUUAAUUGUAAUUAACAUCGGAUUAGGUAGAAGAGCUGAAGAAACCUGUUCCUGGAUCCCAUUUUACAAGUUAUUAUGAUGUUGCAUUUUGUUAAGUGCAUAGCUUUUUGGAGAUCAUACAUAGGUGGAAAAAAGUAUGACAACUGUAUUUUUUUAAUAAAACAUAUUUUUUCUUGUGUUUUUUUCCUGCUUUCCUUAACCUAUCAGCAAGUAGAGUAAACUUUAUUUGCAUAUAUCUGAGAAAAAACCUAAAUCUAAGAUUUAGGUGUAGGAGACAGUCUACAGCCAUGACCUCUCUCUAAUGGCUCCCACAAAGAGGAAAGAGAACUGGAAUCUCAUUGGACUCAGGGUGUUUUUUUUUCAUCUGAAAAUAAAUAAUUUAUUGUGCAGUCCCACUAAUGUGGACACAGUCUUCAUUCCUGAAUGCCAGGGCUUCACUGCUGGCAGUAUUCAAACUAGCUAAUGUAAAGUUGUGUUUAAUAAUCUCAGAAAGCUGUCCUAUGUAGUAGAAUAGAGAAAUGUGUCUCAGAAUCAUAAUGGGAUUGGUCAACCCCAGUUAAGCAAAAUAGUUACUACAGAAUGAUUUCCCUGAUUCAUCGCAGAUCUUGUGUAAUCUGAUACUGAUUCUUCCCAUUUGACUCUCCAAGGUUACUAUGUGAACUUGAAUAUCUCCUCCUGCUUCCCAACGUGGUUUUUGAAUCAGGAUAUUGUUGAAGGUGAUAGCCACAUUUUAAUUAUCUACAGAGGGGUUUUUGAAAUAUCAGGGCCAUUUGUAGACAAAGUGCUGACUCACCACAAAAAUGUAGAAUCAUAUCACCACAUAAAUAAUUCCCUUUCUGGACAAGAUGACCUCUUCACUCUCAAACUUCCUGUUUGAGACCAGACAAGUUGUGUGCAUGUUACAGUAAAAGUCUCUUCUUGUUAGUUCUUAUAAGCUUUUGCAAGGCAGUGCUGUAAACAGUGCUUGCUUAGUGUUAUGAAACGAAGUUAAUGUCUUCAUUAAACUCUACUGGAGAGCAGGAAUUGUUACAUUUCUCUUUUCCCUGUAGGAGAAAGGGCAAGUUACUGUUGAAAGUGCUGUGUAUCAGAUGAGUAAGAUAACAAAAUGAGGGAAUAAAAAUAUAAAUUCUGUAGUUGAACCCUAACUUCUAAAAUGACCGUGCUUGAAUCCUUGACUGGUUGAUGGAAGCAUAAAAUUUUGCUACUUCCUUAGAAAAGCAGGACAUGUGCAGAUUAACAGAUCUACCUGAGAAAAUGUUCCAGAUCUUCACAAUAUUAUUGCUGGAAACACAGUUCUCCAUGGUUUCAGCUUUAUUUACAGUUGAAGUUCCUCAACAGCUCUACACUGUGGAGUAUGGGAGCAAUGUGACCAUGGAAUGCAGAUUCCCCGUGAAUGGCUCAGUAGAUCUAGAACUUCUGAGUGUUGUUUGGGAGCAGAAAAGGCAGGGCUGGUUGAAAUCAAAAGAGGUGUACACAUUCCUCAAUGGGAAGGCACUCUGUCAAUCUCAACAUCCUGAUUACAUAGGAAGAGCAUCACUUCUGUACAGUGAACUGAACUUGGGACGAGCCAUCCUUCAGAUCACCAACAUGAAGAUAACAGAUGCAGGCUCAUACCUUUGUCUCAUUGACUACCAGGGCAUGGACUACAAGUACAUUGCUUUGGAAGUAAAAGCAUCUUACAGGAGAAUAAACACUCAAGUAAUGAGAAUACCAGGUGAAGACAAGUUUAUUCUUAUGUGCCAGUCAGAAGGCUUUCCUCUGGCAGAUGUUUUCUGGCAAAACAAGAACUUCAAUAUCAGUGGACCUGCAAAUACCACCUACACACUGACUGCAGAUGGCCUCUACAAUGUCACCAGCAUCCUGACACUCAAAACAAAUACAAGUGAGAACUACACCUGUGUCUUCUGGAAUAAAGAACGGAAUGGAGAAACUUCAGCUCAUAUUUCCACUUUAGCUUUAAUGAGUAGACAGUGUAGUGGACAAAAAUUCCUGAUCUCUUUAAUCAUCCCCACAUGUGUGACUGUAGCUGUCCUUUUCUCUGCACUAAUAAUAUUUCAGAAGAGAAGAUCAUUCAAGAAUGAGCAACCCAAAAAAGACAGGAAAAGAAAACUGAACCCUAAUGCAAAGGAUAACAAUUUGUACUCAGAUGAGAACUAUGAGCCCUUGCCCUUCUGUCAGGCAUGGCGAAAUCUAACCCACUGUGUUCCUGGAAAGAGUUAAUUUUGCAUUUUUCGAAUUCUUUUCUUCAUCAUGAAUAUGAAAUGUAAGUAAUUAAAACUGAAUUUAUGUGGAUGAACAUAAAUAGUACAUAAAUAGUAAUAGUGCAAUAGUCUUUGCAAUUGGACUAUGGUACUAUUGUUCCUUACUGAAAUGGAAGUCCUCCUGUCAUUAUCUUACACUGGUGAGUACAACAUAAUAUAACUGUUGCCUUGGUGUGGGCAGCAAAGAACAGGUGUGGGUAGCAUUUCAUGCCCAUUUUACAGGCAUGGCGAACGCAACCCUGAUUUCCCUCUUACUGGUUUGUACACUGAAAGGUUCCACCUGGCAUCCCUAGGCAGAGGCAGCUCAGUUUUCCACAACACUCCUAUGCUCUACCCAUUCCAUUUCAUGAUGAAUGCAACAAUAGCAUUGUUUCCUGCAAUAACUAUAAUAGGUAGAAAUGCACUUUGGCUCACAAGUUUCUCUUUUCACCAGCACUUGCUGGAUGCUUAUGAAGCUGACUGUCACAUCUGAGUAUGUGAAAGUCAGCCUGUCAGCAGCUUGGCCAGUCUAUAUAUGUCUGAAUUCAUGCAAGACUUGUCUUUUACUGUAAACCACUGAGCAUAUGAUAUGUGCGUGAUAUGAUGAGUUUCUGUUCUUUCUGCUUCACCUACCAUUUUACAUGCUGUUACAUCCAAACAGCUGAAGUGAGUUUUCACACACAGAUAAAAUU